AUGCAGACAUGGGCACACCCAGACACGAUCCCGGGCACAGCUGCAGGCCACAGACACUCGGACAGACAGGAGCACACCUUCAUCCCCCAGAGCCGAGCAUCUGCCCGGGGCAGCAGGAGGACGAGCUGCGUGGGGAAGAGUGAUCCCCUUGUGGGCGUGGCCCGGAUUGUCAGCGUCGGCGUGAGCCAGGGAGUGGGCGUGGCCCGAGCUUCCAAUGACGCCCAGCGGGCGCCCGCACCUGCCUCCUGUGAGCACGUGGCUCAGGCAGGGGAAGAGGCUGAGAUGAUGGUAGGCCCCAUCCCUACUGCGCACCGGGGUUUCUGUGACGUAACGGCCACGGUCACGGUCUGUUUCCGGGGCGGAGCCAGGGAGGGCGGGAGUUUAGACUGCGCCGGCCCCACAGCCCCCCCUCCAGGUGACACGUUCGGAGCCCAAGACAUGUCGGGACUGAAGAGAUACGAAGUGGCGCUGGAGGCGGAGGAGGAGAUCUACUGGGGCUGCUUCUACUUCUUUCCCUGGCUGCGCAAGUGGCGGAGGGAGCGGAGCUCAGCGCACCCCCGGGAGCAGAAGCUGGAGCCUCUGCGGGGCCUGAUGAGUUGUCUAUCGAGCGGCCUGGGGCCCGCUGCCCAGCCCUCGGGCCGUGGCCUGCCCCGCCGCCCUCCGUCCGCUGCUGCCCAGCCUGCCCGUGCAUUAAAGAUUUAA